CACCAAAUUAAAAAAAUGAAAAUAAAAACAAAAUCGUAGAGAUUUACUCACAUUGAAGUUUCACAUAUUAUCGUUUUUUUUAAAUCAAGCCAAAUAAGCCGAAUUAAAGUCAUAUUAACGCAGGAAAUCGCAUUUCAAAUUGUUGUAUUUGAUCAGACUUAUUUUUCCAUUAAAAAUUUAAUGUUUUUUGAAUAGAAAAUGUUUUUGCCCUGCGAAACUGUACCUUCAAAAUAUUCAUUUUUGACCCCAUUGCCAUGUUUGGCUUGGUUUAAAUAGUAUGAAGAUUUACAUUUAGGCCGUUGCAAAUAUUUUUCAAAGUUCAUAAAAAUUUCAAUUGAAACUUUGAAGUUUUUAAACAGAAAUUGUGUGCUCAGGGUUAAAAAUUUCAUUUACAAAAAUUAUGAAAAAUUUUAAAACUGAUUUUUUUGAGUAAGAACAACAUUGUGUCAACACACAAUUGUUUUAAAUAUUGUGUCCAUUCAAACCGCCCCCAAAAUUUUCCAAAAAGACUCACGUAGGUAUUCGCUGAUAAAUCAAAUCGAAAUUUUCAAUGAAGUUGUUUACCAGCAGAGUAAUAAAUUAUAUCUCCGCAAUAAAUUGACAACUGCUCGCGCACGCCACCGUCUACAACGGAGUUCCCAAUCAACCCAAUCAGUUCACCCAAAAUCGUUUAUAAGACCCCAAUCAAAGCGCACCUGGAUCAUCACUUUCGUUCCACCCAACCAGCAUGUUACAGUCUAGACUGUUGCCAAUCCUGCUUCUAGUGCCCCUCGCGGUCGUGGCAAGUCCUGUUCGCGACAACGACGACUCGUCGCUUCAUCCCGUCUUUGAAGCGGGCGUUUUAACCGCAAAGAACGUUCGCGAACAAAGCACCGAGUUCUGGCGCGAUCACUCCCGCCAACAGACCCUGGCGAAGGUGGCUCGUCGUGACAACCGAAACGUCGCCAAGAACGUGGUGUUUUUCCUGGGGGAUGGCUUGUCGGUGCAGACGGUGGCUUCUGCCAGGGUCGCAGCAGGCGGUGAGGAGCGCGAGUUUGCGUUUGAGCGGUUUCCGCACACCGGGUUCAGCAGGACCUACUGCGUUGACGCUCAGGUGGCGGAUUCGGCCUGUACCGCGACGGCGUAUUUGGCGGGGGUCAAAGCCAACUAUGGUACGUUGGGGGUCAAUGGGAAGGUGAAGAGGGGGGAUUGUGAGGUGGAUCGGGGGAAUCGCGUGGAAUCGAUUGCGAAGUGGGCAUUGGAAGCUGGGAAGGACGUGGGGAUUGUGACGACGACGCGGGUGACUCAUGCGUCUCCGGCGGGGUUGUACGCGAACAUUCCGGAUAGGGACUGGGAGACGGAUUUCGGUAUUCGACGGGACGGUUGUGAUCCGGAGCUGGUGGAUGAUAUUGCGGAACAGUUGGUGUACGGGGAGAUUGGAAGUAAGCUGAAGGUUGUGCUUGGGGGAGGUCGUCGGGAGUUCUUUGAUCGGACGCCUGAUCCGGAAACGGGACGUGCUGGAUUUCGGUCUGACGGGAAAAAUUUGGUGAAGGAGUGGUUGAAUGGGGAUCCAGGGGAGCAUCGACGGUACGUGUGGAGUAGGAGCGAAUUGUUGACGGUGAAUCCGAAGACUACAGAUAAGCUGUUGGGCUUGUUCGAACCGAGCCAUCUGCAGUACAAUCUUGACAGGAUAAGUGGGAACAUGCACGAAGAACCUACUUUGGCGGAAAUGGUUAACAAGGCAACGGAUAUCUUGUCGCAGAAUCCGAACGGAUUCUUCCUGUUUGUUGAAGGUGGUCGGAUAGACCAUGCUCAUCACGAGAAUCGGGCACGCUACGCGCUGGACGAAACGAUACAGUUCGAUCGGGCAGUGUUCACUGCCCGUUGGAAGUACAGUGAGGAAGACACGCUGAUCGUAGUAACCGCUGACCAUUCGCACACAAUGAGCUAUGCUGGAUACCCGACCCGCGGCAACGACAUCUUCGGCUUCGCCGGAACGGGAACCGACGGCCUGCCGUACUCCACCCUCUCAUACGCCAACGGUCAGAGCUUCGAGGACCACUUUGGCGCAUACAGCGAGGGUUCCGCUCGGCGCGAUAUGCGCACCAUGGACAUGCAAACUCCGCGGUUCCGCUUCCCGGCAACGGUCCCGUACAGUACGCAAACGCACGCCGGCGAAGACGUUCCGGUGUACGCGUCCGGACCGUGGUCGCAUCUGUUCAGCGGUAGCUACGAGCAAAGCAUUAUCCCAGAUCUGAUUAGCUACGCGGCCUGCUUCGGCAGUGGGCCGCAGGCGUGCGAGGGCGCGGGUUCGUCUCUUUUAUAGAUUUAUUGACUUUAUAGGGUAAUAAAAGCCGUGCGGUGGUCGGCAGUAAAACUGAUAAUGUGCUUGGGUUAUUUAUGGCGCGGGGCCGUCUCACACGCGAACGCGUAGGGUCACAAAGAGAUAAGAUUUCGCCUUUGUCUUAGAAAGCCAUGCCAACCUGUGCCAAGAUUUAUCUCGGUGAAAAUUGUCUCCGCAGCGAAAACACACACGGUAACACUCGGUUCUGGAUGUUGUAAAACAACCGGAAACCACUUUAAAUGUUAUUCCGUUCGUCCUCUUGUCUGCAAUAACAGAGCAAGUCAUGGUUUCGUUUGGCAAACAGCAGUAGGCUACCCAGGACAGAGGAGAAACUUCCACCUUCUAGCGGGCAUCUUGGAUGGCUCAUGGAAAGGUUAGGUCAAACUUGUUGACACAUGGAAAGUAAACUUGUUGUAGGGUGAGAACUCUUGGUAGACUUACUGUGAAGGUAACGAUUUCAGGUUGAGAUUCUAUGGAAGAAGUCGGUUACGAGUGCGCAGUGGUCCAUGUUCUUAAAAUUAAACGGAAAUUUGAUUUUUCGAAAAAAAAUGCAGUUUUGUUCUUUAGAAGCAUUGUUUAACUCUCUAACGCUUAUGGAUGAAACAUUUUUGAAAAACCUGGAAAACUAGGGCAAAUCAAUUAUGAACUAAUCGAUGCUCGAUCUAAAAGCUUGAUAGGAUUUCUA